CUCUCCUGCAUUUGUGUAGCCGUCCAUUGAUUUUGUUGCGAUCAGUCUUGUAAACUUAGCCUUGUUGUGUUUUUAUUUUUCAAGAGCUUUUAAGCUUUGUUUUCUCCUGUGGCCAAAUAUAUCAUAUUCUUACAAAGAGAUAUUAAGUGGCUGAGCUGCUCGCCAUCUGCUGCCUUCUGCCUGCGCUUGUCGGGUCGGCGGUGAAGGCGCUUCUUUCCUCUGGAGCUCCCAGCGAAGGAUGGACAUCAGCGAGCGCUAAGAGCACUCUCCAGACACUGAGGAAGGAGCACAAGACAUAAAGAAGUCUGUCACUGAUAAAGAGAGGAUACCGCAGCCCAAAAGGACACUGUGGUGAUGGCUGAGGCACCUCAGCAGGAACAGCAGCAGGAGAAGGAGGAAGAGGAGGAGGAGGAGCAACAGCAGCAGCAGCUGCCAAGCUCUGUGGAGACCACUGAGCCUGAUGAAGGCUCAGAGGAACCAAAUGAGGUCGUCAAAACUGCUCGACCACUUCUGUCCAUGAGGUCCAUGAGCAGCGUGGACCCAGACGAAGAUUACCCCAAUAUGAUUGUCUACAGAAAGAUUGAGGACAUCGUCGCCCGCAUCCAGGACGAGACUGACGGCGUGCCCAUCAGAACCGUCAAAAGUUUCAUGACCAAGAUCCCCAGUGUGGUUACAGGUACAGAUAUAGUGCAAUGGCUGAUGAAGAAUUUGUCUAUAGAGGAUGCAGCUGAGGCCAUGCACAUCGGGAGUCUGAUUGCAGCUCAGGGGUACUUUUUUCCCAUCUCUGAUCACAUCCUCUGCCUCAAAGAUGAUGGCACUUUAUACCGCUUCCAGGCACCAUAUUUCUGGCCAUCCAACUGCUGGGAGCCUGAGAACACAGACUAUGCUAUCUAUCUGUGCAAGCGGACCAUGCAGAACAAGACGAGGCUGGAGCUGGCAGAUUACGAGGCAGAGAACUUGGCAAGACUACAGAGGGCCUUUGCCAGAAAGUGGGAGUUCAUCUACAUGCAGGCUGAGGCGCAGGUCAAGAUUGACAGAAAAAAGGACAAAACUGAGAGGAAAAUCCUCGACAGCCAGGAGAGAGCGUUUUGGGACGUCCACAGACCUGUGCCUGGAUGUGUUAACACCACGGAGAUGGACAUAAGGAAAUGUAGACGCAUGAAGAAUCCUCAUCGAGUUAAGAAGUCGGUGUACGGUGUGGUGGAGGAGGGAACACAGUCGCAGAGUCCCAUACACACUUUGUUGCACCACUGCCGAAAAGGGACCAAAGAGGAUGUAGAAAAAGAGAUCAUAUUUCUGAACACCCAGCUAGAUCGUCACUGUUUGAAAAUGUCCAAAGUUGCUGACAGUCUGAUAACCUACACUGUGCAGUUCAUGGAGUAUGACCCGUUUGUGACCACACCAGAACCAUCCAAUCCUUGGGUCAGUGACGAACCCAGCCUCUGGGAUCUGGAUAUGAGCAAAGAGCCCAGUCAACAAAGGGUUAAGAAGUGGGGGUUCUCCUUGGAUGAGGUCCUAAAGGAUCCAGCAGGACAGGACCUGUUCCUCAAGUUUCUAGAGUCAGAGUUUAGCUCAGAAAACCUGAGAUUCUGGCUCGCAGUGCAGGGUCUGAAGAGGGUUCCCCAGCUUGAUGUUGCACAGAGGGUGCAAGACAUUUGGGCAGAGUUUCUGGCAGAGGGAGCCCCCAGCACCAUCAACCUGGACUCGCAUAGUUAUGAAAUCACCAGCCAGAACCUAAAAGACCCUGGACGAUAUAGCUAUGAGGAUGCUCAGGACCACAUUUACAAGCUGAUGAAAAGUGACAGCUAUCCACGUUUCCUACGCUCCAAUGUGUACCAGGACCUGCUAAUGGCGAGGAAGAAACCUGAAACCGAGCAGGGUCGACGCACCUCCCUGGAGAAGUUCACUCGCAGUAUGGGCAAAUCGCUGACAGGCAAACGACUCACAGGCCUCAUGCAGUCGUCCUGACGAGGUCUGGAUCCAGAGUAGGAGGAAGCAUACCCAAAGCAGAUGCUCACACAUGAGAAGCUUUAGGAAAAGGAGACUUGUGGGUGUAGCACUGGGAGGCUGAUGAGGGUGCCAAACAAGCUAAGACUGCUGGAAUGGAAACCCAACACACAUGAAUCGCACCUCAGAUAAAGGGAAGAGGACCAACGGCAUGCAAUAAGUCACCAGACCUGGCACCAGGGGGAUGCUGUUAUGGUACAGACGAUUUACAGCAAAUAUGCUUUGGAGGUUUCCUUUGAGAAGCCUGGAUCGAACAAGACUGGACAAUUUAUUUUUUUUCUCUAACUACACUCAUUUUAUUAUGGUAGCUGAAGAGGUUAAUGCUUUACUUUCAAUGAUAUUUACAUGGAAUGCUUAAAUGCCUUGACUGAUGUCAAAAUGAGACUUAAAUUAAUGCUGUAGCUUGGUGUUUUAUCUCACUUCACUAGGAUGUAAAAAGGGAGAGGAAUGACGGGUUUACAGUAACCAACACUUGAAAAAAAAAUGACAGGUAGAGUAGUGCGUAAAUGUUUUAGAGCCUUAGUAAUUUGUUUCUU